ACCAUAUGUGCAAAAUAUUUGUGUCUGUAACACAACAAUUGAAAAUUGGUUGAACCCAUCACACAGCCACAGAUUUGAUUGUUUUAUAAAUGCACGAGAAUCAUUGGUUGAUGUUCGAUGUUCACACACAGAUUGCAUCGCUGAAAACGAUCAGAAAGCGCAUCUCAAGUGGAAAAUAGAAGCACAUCGAUAAAGAAAUAAUCUAAAUAUAGAUAGUUUUCUAUUGAUUGUCACAUAAGCUGAUUGAAUCCGGUGCAGAAGCAAUCAGUGCAGCGACAGUUUCUAUCAGUUGUAAAACAAAAAUUGUGCUUAGUGUGUCAAUUGGUUGAAAUUUUAGUGUAAAAAAAAAACAAUUCCGAAAAAAACGUUGCUUGGCCAUGAUUCGUAUCAGUUGGACGAUUUUAUUGAUAGUUGUGUUAUUGAUUUGUUCACAAGAUGUAGCUGGACGUCGUGGCAGAGGCAGAGGACGCACCAAAUCAAGAGUGCAAAUUGGACUACCUAUUACCGGAAAAUAUAGAGAUCCUGAAAGUGACCAAUACUACAACAAUAAUGAUGGAGCCAAAAUAUUGCAAGCAUCACACUUUGACUAUGAAUACGUGCUGGGCCAUAAAAUUGCAUUCUUAUGCGUAGCCAAAGGAAAACCGAGACCACAAAUCACAUGGUUAAAAGAUGGCUCUGAAAUUUUCCAACAUCUGUAUAUGCACGUGCAUGAGUGGCGAAUAGGAGACGAUAAAGUUAAAUCAAAAAUUGAGAUUGAUCCAGCAACUCAAAUGGAUAGUGGCAUUUACGAAUGCUGUGCUGAUAAUAUGUACUCCAUCGACCGUAGGAGCUUUAAGACCGAUUUUUCAAUUGCAUUCGAUUAACUAUAAAUUUGACGACGUCAUUGGUAUAUGACUUUUAUACGAAGUACCAACGACAUUUCGACAUAGCUAAAUAUUCAUCGUGCGACAGCAAAUUUAUGCAAUCGACUACUACAAAAAAAAUGUAUCAAACCUUUUGUUAUCGUA